AUGAGCAGCUCACCACCAAUCUCGGACGACAAGCCUGCCUCUUCUGUCGAAGCGUCGUCCACGAUCGUUGCUUCUCCUUCUACGGCAGACCAGGAUACUAAUGCUUCAGCAUCUUCAUUGCAGUCGCCUUCGACAACACCGCACAAGAAGGGCCAUGCGCCUAAGCCUAGUAUCGGCAUCGCUGCUUCGCUGUUCGGGUCUGGAGGUGACGAUGACCCCUUCUCGAGCAUUACCGCUUCCAGCACCACGCCUUCACUUUCGCAGCUAGAUGAGACGGCGGCAGAAGAGCCAGACCUCUUCCGCUCCUCUGCAGCAGCUGAUACACAUAGCAACAAUGGCACAUCCACCGAAACAGCUUCUGCUGACCCUCUCACUUCGAUCUUCGGCCUGGAACCAGUCUCAUCGCAACCUGCCUCGACAAACGCCAAAGCAGUCAAAGCAGCCAUUCAGCCUACCGCCACUACUGGCGAGAGCCUGACAGUGCCAUAUGGCGACGGAAAGGCGAGCGGUCCCUCCUCAGGCCCAGCCUCUCCCGGUGGUCUCUUUGCCGACACGGGCUAUCAAGAUGAUUGGCUUGCAUCAGCAGAUGAUCAGAGCCAGUCGACUACAGCUGCGCCUACGAAUGGAGAUGGGCCAGCGACGCAGGAAGCUGUCCCUUUUCGAGCUUCCGAUGGCGGUCAACGCUCCUUGUCUUGGCUCUAUCAGGAGGAUACAAAGCCUUCUAUCGCUCCAGAGCCACAAUACGACGCUUACGGUCGUCCCAUUGCCAGCGAGAUCGUGGCAUAUCAACAGGAGCAAUACCAUCAGCAGCAGGAGUACGGCUACGAUCAACAACAGCAAGGUUAUGGCUACGAUCAACAGCACCAAGGAUACGAUUAUCAGCAGCAGGGCUAUGACUCAUCGCAGCAAACAUACGACUACCAGCAACAGGGCUAUGAUCAGAACCGUUACGCGCAGCAAGGCUACGACCAAGGAGCAUAUGGUCUGCAAACUUCUGCUCAGCAGGACUACACUCAUCAGGGCUACGACAAUCAACAAGACUACGCUCAGCCCGAUUCAGCUCAACAAGCGUACGAUCCUUCCAGCUACGAUCGGCAGUCGUAUUCCAACUACGCUCCUGCCGACCCCUAUGCUCCUGCCUCGUCUGCCUACGUCAACGAUGCUGCUACACAGAGCUACGACCCGAGUGCAUAUGCUUCUGAUCCCAACUACCAAGCAGACGCACAAUACGGUUCAGCCGGCGCACAGUACGGCACCACCGAGGACCCUUCGUCCAGCUACGCACGUUAUGCUCAAAACUCAGGCUACAGUUACGAUGCCCCGCCGCCUGCUCUUCCUGCGUUUGAUGCUCAGUUAGAUCAAACUCAGGGCUCGCAAGAUCCCUAUGCAUCCUACUCAGCAUACGGCAGUCAAGACCACGCACCCGACCUCACGGCCGAGCACCAACAUCAACCGCAAUCGCAGAACACUGAUCCUUCCGCGCAGCAGCAAGAUCCUGCAUACGAUCCUAAUGCUCCUCAGCAACAACAGCAACAGCAGCAACAGCAGCAGCAGCAGCAGUGGACCGAUGAGAGCUACGUAUACGGCUCUCAGCCAUCACAAUCACAAACGUCCGGAUACGAUAGCUACGGUGCAGCCAGCGAUCCUAGCGGUCAGGCAUCCGCACGUGCUGCUAGCCCAUGCGAUCCACCUGGAGCCGCUCCUCCCUCGUCUACGAGCGCUUCCUCCAACAACGUAUACGCUCUUUCUCCAACGAACUCAUCACAGAGCGCUGCCUUGCCGCCACCUCCCAAAGGUCCGCCCAAGGGACCUCCCAGGGGGCCCUCUCGCGGCACUUCGCGCACUGCCUCUCGCAACGCUCACAGUGCUACCGGCUCGUCUUCGUCUCCGGCUUUUGACUCUUCGACACCGCCAAGGUGUCACUCCGCUGCCGUCUCACUAGAGCAGGAAAGUCAGGAUGUGCCUUCGCCUGCCUGGCCGAAUCAAGCCGAGACUCCUCAAAAGCGGUCAGAAUACCAGACCGGCGCCACUGACACGCCGCCUACCACGUACAAGCGUCCUGCUUCUUCGUGGGUCGACUCGCUCGAGCAAGCCGCUGCUACGCCUCCUGCUUCCAAUGGUGAUGACGGUCCGCUUCCCACCCUCACUGUCACUGACGAGUUUGACAACAAUGGCUACGAUGGCAAAGUUGGUGAGGAUGCAUACGGCCAAGAGGCUCGUCACGGUGCUGUUAAUGAUGCUGCCAACGCUUUCGAUCGUCUCAAUCUCGAUUCCAACCAGCAUGUCAACGCGGGCGCGGGUACUGGCUACGACUACGAAGGCGGCUACGCUGAUGAGGAUGGCUUCACACGCGAUGCAGACGAUGCUACUCCCAAAACUCAGCCUCAUUCAAACACUCCUGCACAGAACGGCUCUGGCUGGAACGAAUACAGCGAGGAGGGCGAACAGACGACUUCGACUGCCACAACCUACGACCCUUAUGCUUCUUACAGCUUGCAGCAGCCGCAAACCGGCUCAGACGAGCCAAAACAGACCGAAGACUCUUACAGUGCUCAUGCGUAUGGCUCAGAGCAGGAUGCGAAUGGCUAUGGCUAUGCUCCUCGCUCUGAUCUAAACGGAGCUGCCGACGAUGGUCAACACGCUUAUACGCCGAGCGCGAAGGGCGAGGAAGACGCUGAGGCUAGGACGCCCUUGGCCUCUCAUGGCGAGCAAGGCAGCUGGCUCGGUUCCAGUUCGUCAGCCUACGGAAACGACGCAGCACCCGACCCGUACAGCCCAGCAGCUGUCGGCAACAAUGUCUACGCGCCACCCUCAAACGCCACUGCUGAUCCUUACUCAAGCUACAAUCCGUAUGGUCCCGCUUCUGCCAACGACCAAGCUUCUGAUCCGUAUGCUGCCGACGACACCCAUGGCCGGGCGUCCCAAAGCCUUGCUCCCAGCACGGACGACACAAAUGCAAGAUACGGACAGGCUUCAGAACAACGCGAUGAGGCUGAUGUUUUCGAUCAUGGCAACCGUGUUGGUUCGCCUCAGCAGUACGGCCUCAACAGCCCAUACGGUAUGCCACCGUCGCCUUAUGCGCCACCCGAUCAGUACGCUUCUCGCACUGCUGGUGCUGGCGAAGGCCCUCACAGCGCCGCCAACGACUCACCGUCGCAGGCGGCUUCGGAGGCGUCGGCCGACAUGCUUCAGACAAUGCGCAAUGCCACUAUCCCAGUUGCCAGCUUCGGCAUUGGUGGCAAGCUCGUCAGCUACUUCCCUAUCUCCCGCGGCUCUUCUGGUGCUGACGGCACAGACGCAGCGGGCAGCUCAGGAAAUGUCUACGGAUCGUACUCGUACAAUGCUUCUAGCUACCCGACCAGAGUCAACAUCCAGGCGCUCUCGUCGCACGUCCCAUCGUCCGCCUACGCAUCUGCUUUCGAUCCGUUCACCUUCCCUGGUCCUGUCUUUGAAGGUGCCGCUGGCACCAACGCACUCUCCCGAGCUACAGGUGCAGCCUCGGCGAACAAGAGCAAGAAGGCAGCGCUCAUCAAGCAUCUUGACGAGCGCGUACAGGAGCUUUCUGCUGGUCUAGGCUAUCUCCGACGACGCCCAUCCUUCUCCGCCCUAGCUGCAGGCUCCCAGCAAGGCGCUCCGGAACAGGGCAGUGAGCUUGACGCACGUCGAACCGAAGACAAAGUAUUGCUGCUGCGUCUGCUCAAGUUUCUUGUCGAGAACGACGGCCAGACAAGCUCGACCGCGUUUGAGCAGGGUGUCCGAUCGUUGAUCGUUGGUCCUGAUGCUCAAGAAUCUACUGCGGCCGGUGGAUUUGCUAUGUCCGUCAGCUCGACUGCACAAAGCGACCAAGCAGAGGGUACCGUCAUCACCUCGCACGAGCUGCGUAGCGACUUCUUGCAAAAGGUGCAAACCAUGCUGCUGCGAGGUGAGCGCCGCCAGGCUGUCGAAUACGCUGUGGCCCAAAAGAUGUGGGCUCAUGCCAUGACGAUUGCCAGCUGUGUCGAUAAGGAAUGCUGGAAGGAGGUCGUCAGUGAGUUUAUCGAGCAGGAAGUCGUUGCCGCUGAGGCUUCCCUGAGCAGUCAAGGUCAGGGCGAUCUCCAAGGCCUCAAGGUUGCUUACAACGUCUUCUCGGGUCAAGACCCCGUGUCGAUCUUUGAUCUCUUCCGGACCAAGACACAGCUCGGACAGGUUGGCGGCUUGCAGCCGGCUCCUACUGAGGCAACGACUGUUUCGACAGCGCUGCCUAGCUGGAAGGAGUCUGCGGCAAUCGUUGCAAGUAACCGUAGCCCAAGCGACUCUGCAGCUCUGACAGCCAUCGGUGAUGGCCUGUGUACACGUGGCUUGCUUGAAGCUGCACACUUCUGCUACCUGCUUUCGCCUUCGACCUCGCCUAUCGGUGGUGCAGACACGACCGGCGUUCGCUUCACCUUGCUUGGUCUCGCCAAUCCUAAGGGCUCGACCACGUUCCUGCAGGACCUGGACGGCAUUCUCAUGACCGAGGUGCUUGAGUUCGCCCAAGGGCUCGUGCCAGCCGCCAAGGGUCAAGAAGCUUUUGCAGGCAUCCCGCAUUUGCAAGCCUACAAGCUCGUCCACGCACAGCAGCUGGCCGACCUCGGCGAGACAGCCAAAGCGCAGCGAUAUUGCGAAGCCAUUGCACAGUGUCUCAAGCAGAUCAAGCACUCGCCAUACUUGCACUCGACGCUGCUGUCCCAGUCAAAGCAACUCUCGGACCGACUUGUGGGCGCACCACACGCAGGACCUGGCGGCAACUGGGUGACGCGCAAGAUGCAGCGUCCCACGCUCGAUGGUGUUUGGGGCGCUCUCGAAGGCCGCUUUACCAAGUUCAUCGCUGGUGAGGAAGGAGGCAUCGAGGCAGACUUGCCCAACAAGAACAGCAAGGGCUCGGUCUCUUCGAGUGUUGGUCCCUUCUCGCACUAUAGCGCCAUCACACCAGAUGCAGCUUCGGGAGGCAUGACAAGGCAACAGUCGUACAGCGAGCUGCGUACGGGAUCACCGAGCGUUCCAACCUCCCGCUCUGGCUCUGCUAUGGACUUCCGCAAUGUUACAAAGCCGGCUGCAUCGCCGAAGCAUCGCGCGUCCUCAGCACUGUCGAUGCGACCGCUCGCCUCGGGCCCAUAUGAAAAUUGGCUGCCGCAAAGAGGGUCGACCAACGGCAACGGCCACGAAGCAGUCAGCAACUACGAGCGCGAUAGUGUGCGCUCUAGCUCGGAGGCGCCAGCGAACGCUUACGGCUACGGUGCCAGCCUGCAGGGCGGUCCAGGUCAAGGCUACGGUGUUGGACACGACACGCAGACGUCCGAGUUCUCGACGGCAUCCUCGACCUACGGUGGACAGGCUGAGACGAGUUUUACCUCUGACACUGCACCAUGGCACGGCAAUGCUAGCGGUCAAAGUGGACGUGAUGCUGAGAGCUCUGGUCGUCCAAGCACGGAUGCCAACGGACCCCGUGCUGGCUCCGAAGCUGGCUAUGGCGGAUAUGGAGACUACGGAGGCUAUGGCGGCUAUGGCGGCUAUGGCGGAUACGGCUCAUAUGGUGAGCACGGACAGGGAGACGAGGCUGGCGGCGAGGAGCAAGGCGACACGAGCGGCUAUUCGGCUACUGGUCAAGCUCCGUUCUACGGCUACGAUCCUCACGGAGCCCAGAAGCCGCAGUUCGUCAGCAAUGUCGCUCCUGAAGGUGCUCUUGAGAUUGGAGAGGAAGGCGGCUUCGUGUCGCCAUUCGAUGCGCUCUCGUCGAACAGCCGCACGCCUCAGCCCUCAUCUCAAGGCAACCAAUACGCGUCUUCGUACGGGCGGAACGACGCAGAGGAUGACAUGGAUGAGGAAGACGACGAUCUUGGAUUGGGAAAUGCGAGCAGCCGUCGCAAGGCGAGCAACGCCGGUGGCCCGGGUGCAGGGAGCUCGGAAGCGGGUGAUGCAUCACGCCGUGACAGCACGACCAGCUCUGCUGCUGGUCCGAGCAGACAGAGCGAUGCAGGCAGCAAGAAGGACGAUGCGGGAAGCAGCGGCGGGGGCAACGAUGAUGACAAGAAGCCGGAGCUCAAGCCAUCUGCAUCUUGGUUUGGCCGUCUGUGGGGUCGCAGCUCUUCGACCGACAGUGCUGGGCAGCAAGCCAAGGCUAAAGCUAAGAAGGCGCAUCUUGGUGAAGAAACGAGCUUUGUCUAUGACAAGGAGCUCAAGCGAUGGGUCAACAAGAAAGCCGGCGACAGCGGUAGUGUGGCUAGUACGCCUCCGCCCCCACCACCUCCCGCAAGAGCCCAGUCUGCCAGCCCAGCAUCGGUUGACCGUAGCGCUGGAGCAUCGAGUGCGCCGCCGAUGCGAGGCCCGCCCAUGGCCGGCUUCACAAUGGGUCGAGCCACACUUCCUAUCAGUGAGGGAAGCUCUGGACUGGCACCUAACCGAGGACCUCCCGGUCUGAGGGGUUUGACGAGGGCAAGGAGCAACCUGGCAGAUCACUCUAUGCCGCCUGCUGCUCAGCCUCCAAUGAGUGGCAGAGCAUCGGGUACAUCGACGCCUGCAGGUGUGGGAUCGCCGCCCCCUCCUGGAGGCUCUAGGACGGGUACAGUCAAGAAGAGGCCCAUCAAGAGUCGAUACGUUGUGGUCGACUAA